UGCCACCUCCCAGCUCUUCCAAAACUUUUAUCUCCUCAUCUCUGCGAUCAGUCGAGCCGUCCAGUGUCUCCCUCCGGGUUUUCCAUCUUUCCAUCCAUCUCAAAAACCAUCACCUUCACCACCCGUCGUGUCAUAUUUCCUGGGGAUCCUUCUUUCACUUCAUGCCUUCUGCAUUCCUCCUACCUUGUCCUGGGAAGAGACCAGGGAUUCCUCCUCAAACGGUACUUUCGAUAUGCACGCAUAGGUUCUAGAGCUCAUUCAUUUUUCGCUCGCUACAUAUUCUACUCCGACGCUCUCUCACUCGCUGCAUGCCAUUUGUAAAAUCAUCUCGAUUUCUGCACUCGUUUUUAAUUUCCUGCUGCUGCCGCCUUGCAUGAGAGUUAGCAUAUAAGCGAUUUGAUCGUUGGCGUCGUCGUCGCCGGUGCUUAAAAAUCCUCUGCCUGAUUCUUCCGUUGUAGCUAGCUUCGUCCUGUUUUCUUUAGCUUCUACAGGUCUCUCGGGUGCUCCUUUCGGAAAAGAUGACGCUAGUCUACACCAUUCGGACCGUAGUUGGCAUCAUGGGGAAUGUGAUUGCUUUCGGCUUGUUCAUGUCCCCCUUGCCAACAUUCUACAAGGUCAUUCGACUGAAAGACACUGAGCAGUUCUCAGGGGUCCCCUACGUCGCUACGCUGCUUAAUUGUCUCCUCUGGACCCUGUACGGCCUUCCAUUCGUUACUCCAAACAGCCUUCUCGUCGUCACCAUCAAUGGCAUCGGCACUGCUCUCGAGAGCACCUACCUGUGCGUCUACUUGUUUUACGCUCCAAAUAAGCCGAGAGCCAAGGUUCUCAAGAUGCUCGCCGUGGUCCUCACAUUCUUCGCAGCAGUGGCUUUGAUGGUAAUGACAAUCACACACGUCCACAAGACGCGGCAGCUCAUCGUCGGCGUUUUGUGUGUGAUCGUUGGUACCGCAAUGUACGCAUCCCCGAUGUCCGUCAUGAAACUCGUGAUCCAGACCAAGAGCGUGAAAUAUAUGCCUUUCCUGCUGUCCCUGACAGCCUUCCUCAACGGCUUGACCUGGACAGCGUACGCAUUCCUGGGAAAGAUCGACCCUUUCAUUGUUGUGCCAAACGCGAUUGGGACUUGCCUCGCAACAACGCAGCUCAUCCUGUACGCGAUCUACUCGAAGAAAGAAAAGGCUGCCAUCAAGAACAAGGAGAAUGGGAAUGGCGCCGACGCCAAGCCGGCAAACAACCACAUCGGUUUCGCGGUGAGGUGCCCCGAGGCUGUGUCAGCGGACGUGAAUGUUAACGACGAGGAGCGGGUCUCCAGACAAGUUUAGCACAGCACCUAUAUGUUUUGCGAGUGGGGAGUUCCGGGAUAGAACGCCGUAAUAUCCAUAGAUCAUUGGGAAGCUUCGAAUGAACACCUUGACACUUCCACUAGUGUUUUUAGAGUUUUGGAAACAUCCAACUAGAUCUAUCUCUGGAGAGCUUGUUCUCCUACGAUGUCGAAUUUUAAUGGGACUCAUCGUUUAAUUGUAAAGAAGAGAAAGGAAGGAAGACAUACGUCAGUUGUU